ACGAUAUUAUUGAUACUCUAGAUCCUGUUCCACUUCAACAUGCUUUGGAACCAUUGCCUAGUUCAUUAGUAUUAAACGAAAUCAACUAUCCAGAUCUAGAAAGAUUAACUAUUGAAAAGAGAGAAGUCGAAGCAACAAUCUCAACAUCGCUAAUCAGUGAAUCUGAUAAUCCUACCGCAUUGAAACAACUGCCUCCUUCUACAUCGAAUAUCUACACUGUUGUAAGUCAUUCAUCAUCAUUAUCAUCGUUAUCAUCAUCAACGUCAUCAUCAUCAUCAUCAGUGAAUCAAUCGAUUUAUGUAGAUACACAACGUAUUCGACUAUUGGAAAAUCGUGUUCAUCAAAUAGAGCUGGAAUUAAUGAGACGUCAACUUACGGAGAAAUUAUUUUUUAUAACUUUUGGAGGUUAUUUUCUUAUCAAAUUCUUACGGGUAUUAUUUUGCUA